AUGGAAGGAGGAAAAGAAGCGCUGGGAAAUAAAGAGAGAAAAGAGGAAGGGUACGGAUGGUCCAUGUGCAUAAACAGUAAGAUGCUGUGUGUGGGGAUAGGAAGUAGACUCGUGAUGUACGAUGUAAAGACACUGGAGAAGACGAAAGUACUGGAAACAUCAGGAGAGAAUAGAGAGCUACGUGUGCUAGAUAGUGCACUAAAUGGUAAAAAUAGAGAAGACAAGAUGAAUAGCAAUGGAGAUAUCUUGCUAGCUGAUGGAAACAGUGAUGGCAUCACUGGCAGUUCGAGAGUCGGUGAUAGUGAUAGAAUCAGUGAUUCUGUAAAGAUCGGCAGCAAAAAUAAAAAUAAAUCUGAGAGUGUUGGCGCAGCUGCAGAAGAAGAAGAAGACGAGAAUAUUAUUUUUGAAAAUUCUAAAUAUGAUGCAGCAGAAGGCGCAAAUGCUGAUAGCUCUGUGGUAAUUAGAAGGUGCGAGUUUAUAAUGGACAGUGACAUAGUAAGUAUAGGGUAUUUUAAUGGCGUGUGUGAUAUAGUGAACAUAGACAAGAACAUUAGACUAGAUAGACUGGAGGGCGAUGAAAGCGAGAUAAAGUCAGUAAGCUACGGGAGUAACAGGCUGGUCUUCAGCACCAGAGAAGGAAGUGUGUGGAUAUGGUUUAUGAAUGAAGAAGGAGAGUGGGAGAUAGAAGAGAUAGUGGAGUACAGUGAGAGCGACGUGAAGAGCACUAUUUGGUUCAAGAAUAAGCUAAUUACAACAGGGUAUAACGACGAGGUGGUGAUAUACAGCAGAUGGGAGGAUGAAAUAUGCGAGGUAAAGUGGGAGAUAGAGAGCAUAUUUAAGACAGAGUCCUGUGCCUGGGAUGCCUCUGCGGUAGAGAUAGAAGGAACAGGGUAUAUAGCAACAGUGACACAGCAGGGAUACUUACACAUAUACAGUAAUAGCUCUGCUAAUAGUUCUGUAAAUGGUAAUGAUCUUUCUGCGAGCGGUAAUUCUUCUGUAAACAGUCAUAGUGAUAAUAAGGCUGAUGGGGAGAGUGGCGGUGAGAAAGUCUUUAGAGAGGAAGUGUCAUUGAAGGUGUCUUCGUAUCCUGUUAUAUCUGUCACUAAUGCUGUGUAUAACGGGGUAAAGUGCUUUGCUAUGGUCGUGGAUAGGCGCAGGCUUGUCUUAUACGCGUACGGAAUAAACGGGCUGUGUGUGCUAAGCGAGCGCACAGUUCUUACAGAGUAUGAGGAGCCCAUGGACAUCGUAUUCAGUGAAGAAGAGAGCGCUAUCUUCAUUCUCUCCACAUCCGUAAGUAACAGAAGGAAGUAUACGCACAUAAGAAAGGUACUUCUGAAAGAGAUGGCGUAA